GUAUGCCUCUACAAAUUCAUGCGAGGAAGGCCUGGCCGUUAUACGACCUAAUUCUCACCGUAAUUCUCCACCAAAAUGGACGACACGACAAAGUCAACGCCUAAAUUCAAGCACGGUUCCGCGCGGCUGCAACACGACUGUAUUUGUUCUCAUUGUCGUUUUUUCUUCGCCGAAGAACUUUGAACAGAGGUCUAUAAUUCGCUCUACAUGGGCUGAAAUUAAAGACAGGGAUCCUGAAAUAACAAAUAUUAUUAUUAAAGGGCCUUACACUGUGGAAAGUAUGGUUAAAACAGUGUUUUUACUUGGACAAACUGACAAGGAAACUCAACGUCGUAUAGAAACGGAAUCGGAAUAUUACAACGAUCUUGUGAUUGGCUCAUUCACUGAUAGUUAUGGUAAUUUAACAUUAAAAACAAAACUUGGUCUACAAUGGGCUCAAACGUUUUGCAAGUUUGAAUACUAUUUGAAGACAGAUGACGAUGUCUUUGUGUACAGCAAGGGACUUGUGAAAUGGUUGUGGCAAUUACCAAGAGAGAGGGUCUAUACGGGUAGAUGUGAUUUUAAUAAGACGGUGAUUCGAACAGUCGGGCACAAAUG